AUGAGACCAUUCGGUCCGUCGUUGGCAUCCAUUACAGCAUCUGCGCGGCGACUCCGACAGCCACCGAGGCGUCCAAGGGCCCCUCUGGCGAGGGCGAAAGCCUUCUCAACGACAUCACGACUGCGCUCCGAAGAACAACGAGGCCCCGCGAUCCCGAGCCUUCCCUAUCGGUUCGAGACGGGCAUUGCUCUUUUCGCCAAGCAAGCGCCACGGCCAUUUCCGCCUCCUUUCCUCUCACGACCGUCAAACUCCUUCUCUGAUGCGCUAAGCACCCACGACCACAGCCGCGACCGUCGCGCGCGCGUCAACGGCGAGAUUAUUCUAGGCAAGACAAAUGGCGACGACGCCGUGUAUGCCAGCGACUACUUCAUUUGCGCGAAUGACGGCGUGGGCGCCUGGUCGACACGACCGCGAGGCCACGCAGGGCUCUGGUCACGACUCAUCCUGCAUUUCUGGGCCUCGGCCCUCCGAGACGACCUGGCCAAGCUACAGUCGGCGGAGGACAAGGAACAACGACCGCUAGCGGGCGCGCAGCUUCACUUCAAGACCCUGGAAGACGGAAAGACAAACCCCGUGGUGUACGUCACGAACCUGGGUGACUGCCAGGUCAUGGUGCUUCGGCCCAAGGACGAAAAGGUCAUCUACAAGACGAAGGAGCAGUGGCACUGGUUCGACUGCCCGCGCCAGCUUGGAACCAACAGCCCCGACACGCCUGAGAAGAACGCGGUCAUGGACAAGGUCGAGGUGCGCGUGGGAGAUGUUGUCCUUGCGAUGAGCGACGGUGUGAUCGAUAACAUGUGGGAGCACGAGAUUGUUCACAGCGUACGAAACAGUCUGGAGAGGUGGGAAAAUGGCGAGGGCGGCAAGGUCGAGGGCGAUAGGACCGAUGGCGCAAAUGGCGGCAUGAAGUUUGCUGCCGAAGAGCUGGUCACGGCGGCGAAAGUCGUAGCCCUCGAUCCCUUUGCGGAAAGUCCAUUUAUGGAGCAUGCAAUUGAGGAGGGCUUGGCCAGCACAGGAGAAAAAAAGUUCGCCCCGCGACAUCCAGCCUUCAAGACCCAAGCGCCAGUCCCGCUGCCCAGCUCCGAGCAACUCGACCCGUCAAUCACAUCACCGACAGACACAGCGAGCGCCCACAGCCCGCCCCCCUACUCGCUCAAGAUGCGCGGAAAACGAAGCAAGCAGUAUCGCAAGCUGAUGACCCAGUACUCGCAGAUCUGGGGCUUCCGCGAACCGUACCAAUGCCUGAUCGACGCCGAAAUGGUCAUUGACUGUCACAAGUUCAAGUACGACCUUGUCGCAGGCUUGAAGAGGACGCUGCACGGCGAGGUGAAGCCCAUGAUCUCGCAAUGCGAAAUUCGCAAGCUCUACCUGCGCAAGGCGGAGCCUGAGAUGAAUACGAUCAUCGAGUUCGCCAAGACGCUCGAGCGACGACGCUGCGGCCACUUGCCGGAGGACUAUCCCGAGCCGCUGCCGACGAACGAGUGCUUCAAGGCUGUGGUCGAUCCGAAGGGUAACAAUGUCAAUAAGCACAAGCUCGUCGUGGUGUGUCAGGACGACGAGGUGCGACGGAUGCUGCGGUCGAUUCCCGGCGUGCCGCAGAUCUACAUCAAGCGCAGCGUCAUGAUUCUCGAGCCGAUGGCGAGCGAGAGCGCGGAGAUCAGAGCGCGAGAGGAGAAGAGCAAAUACAGGGCGGGGCUCAAGGGGUCUGCGCCGCCCGGCGCGAAGAGGAAGAGGGAGGCGGACGACGAGGGUGAUCAGGACGGCGACGGCAAGGAGGCGAAGGACAGCGAUGCGACGGACGCCAAAAAGAAGAAGAAGAAGGCGUACGGCAAGAAGGAGCCCAACCCACUGGCUGUCAAGAAGGCCAAGGACGCGAGCAAGAACGCAAAGCAGGGAUCAGAACCUGAAAAGAAGAAGCGCAAGAGGAAGCACAAAGCGCCAGCUGGCGAGGGACAAGCUGGCGAGAAUGGUGAGGCAGCGACACCGGCCCCAGCACCCGUGAAGGAAGAGGCAUGA